AUGAGUUCAUGCGCAAGUGGAUCGACAAAGGGCACGGACGGGGACGCCGACAUUGUGGAGAUUGACAUCGAUACUGUUGGCCACAAGGAUGAAGCGACUGUCUUAGUGGAUAUUCUCACCAGGAGCGACGAAUUGGAAGAUGCGCAAAUUGGGGCGUCUCAGGGAGCUUCUGGCUCAAACGAUAUCGGAGGAGCUGAGCACAUGCAAGAAGGCCAAGCAGGUUUUCUAACGGACCUUCUGACCAAGCGAGACGAGCUGGAAGCAGCACAAGCAAAUUCCGACAGGGUUAUCACCAAUCCAGAAUGCCAAGAUUUUGGGCCUGGCAGUAGCCAACCUGGUGCCCAUCAUGUGAGUGCAACCAACGAAUACCGUGUUGCUACUUCUGGAGGACUGGUCAAGAACAGCGUGACAGAAGCGCAAUCGCGGCAAGUUGACAUUGCGACUACAAAGACAGUAUUGAGGGAUACUGCAGAUAUCCACCUAUUAUCCAAGCCGGGGGCCUUUCCAGCGGCAACUGGCGCAGCUGUAACUGCGGUUAUUACAUCCAAGAAUAUCGAAAACGAAGUGACAAAUGUCUUGGUAACUCGGGAAAACGUGAUGGAUUCCUCCAACAACAAUCCAGAUUCUCUGGGAGGAGAACCAGGAGAAGGCGGUCCACAACCGGGUGCCUAUCCCAUGGCUAGUGUCCCAAGGCCAACUGAAUCAUCCGAGCGGGAGGAAUCACGAAUCCAAAAUGAACAAGCGCCAUGGGACAUUACUGGAUCUGUUUUCCACGCGAACAUUACAAGGGGGCAAUACGAUGGAGCUGCGCCUCCCCUACCAGGAGAAACGGCACUACGGCGAGGAAGAUAUGUCGAGCAGACCGUGGAGCCAGGAGCGGUGGCAACGGCAGGGCAAACUAUGCAAGAAAACCCCGAUGCAUCCAUAAUGUGGAAUAUGGCCACAACGGAGACGUAUAAUGCCCCUCUCUUUGGAGGUGGCACUAGUGGACUGGUGGAAGCCAGAGCUGUGGACGAAGAGGACCCAGCAGAUCUGACCCAAUGCCAAUGA